AUGGCCUCGUCCCUGAAGGAAGUUAGCUUGCGAGAGCAGCAAAUAGAAGCAAUAGUCACAAUGCUUAAUCUAAAUACAAAGUUAGAGACACCAAACAACUCUUCAUCAGAUCUAGUGUCUGCAAUACCACCUGUCGACGUCGAAACCGUAUGGAAAGUUCUUAUAUUCGAUGAAUUUGGUAGAGACGUAAUCUCGUCAGUAUUAAAAGUGAACGAUCUGCGGAAGAAUGGUGUUACUGUUCAUAUGCUAUUGAAAAGUGAUAGACAGCCAAUUUCAGACGUACCAGCUAUAUACUUUGUAGAACCUACUUCAGAGAACGUCCAGCGAAUAAGUGAGGACCUGGCUAGAAAUCUAUAUGAAUCUUAUUACAUUAAUUUUACAAGCGCGAUACCGAGAACGCUGCUAGAGGAACUUGCAACUGCUACUAUUCCGAAUAAUACAUCCAAUCUUAUUUCACAAGUCUUUGAUCAGUACUUGAAUUUCUUGGUAUCUGAACCUAAUUUGUUCUCUCUCAACCAACCAAACGUCUACUAUCAAAUGAACUCACCGACUGCUGAAAAAUCGACAAUAGAGUCAGUAGUUGACAAAACAGUGAACGCAUUAUUCUCAGUAUUAGUGACAAUGGGUGUGAUUCCGAUCAUUCGAUGUUCACGCGAAAACGCUGCCGAGAUGAUAUCCCGUAAAUUAGACGUUCGACUACGCGACCAUGCUCUAAAUCCACGUAAUAAUCUUUUCGCCGAAGGUUCAUCCGCCAUGAGCUUCCAACGGCCAGUAUUGAUCAUCGUCGAUCGAAACAUUGAUCUUAUCCCUAUGCUUAGUCAUUCUUGGACCUAUCAGGCAUUGAUUGAUGAUGUACUGGAUAUGAAAUUGAAUAGGAUAUCCGUGCAGGUGGACGAACAUGGACGAAACGUGAAAAAAAGUUAUGAUUUAUGUGUAGAAGAUUUCUUCUGGAGUAAAAAUGCAGCAAGUCCAUUCCCACAGGUUGCUGAAGACAUUGAUAUCGAGCUUAACAAAUAUAAACUAGAUGCAGCAGAGUUAACUAAACUGAGUGGAGUCAACGUGGAUGAUGUUAAUCCAAUGGACUUUACGCAAAAUACUCAACAUCUAAGGUCUGCCAUAACCGCAUUGCCUGAAUUAACGGCUCGUAAGCAGACGCUUGAUAUGCAUAUGAACAUUGCUACUGCUCUGUUACAGGGUAUAAAGGAGCGGCAAUUAGAUACAUUUUUCCAAAUGGAGGAGUCAAUUGCUCGACAGAAUAAGCAAUCAAUAAUCGAUGCUCUUAGAGACCCGGAGAAGCAUUCGCCCGAGGAUAAAUUGAGACUUUUUAUUAUCUACUACUUAACGGCUGAUGAAAUCGGAAAGGAGGAUAUGGUUGAAUAUGAGGCUAUGUUAAGGAUGGCUGGAUGUGAUCUAUCAGUGCUAAAUUAUGCUAAAAGAGUACGCGAAAUUACUAGGAUGACGAUGCUAUCCACAACUGGGCCAUCGAGUUCAGGAUUCGGUCAAUCUAGUCAAUUAUUUCAAGGCUUUAGUUCAAUUGGGAACAAGCUGACGGAUCGUUUAAAAGAAGGCGGCUUUAGUGGUCACUUUGACAAUUUAAUAUCUGGUGUCAAGAACUUACUCCCUUCACGCAAAGACUUGACCUUAACCAAAGUAGUCGAAUCGCUUAUGGAACCAUCUGCUGGGACAAGUGACACAGACGAUUAUCUGUAUUUAGAUCCCAGGACGGCUCGUUCAUCAGCCGGUGCUAACAAACAACAAAGGCAGCGACACGCGUUCCAAGAGGCUAUUGUGUUCGUUGUUGGUGGUGGAAACUAUAUUGAGUAUCAGAAUCUGCAAGAAUACGCACAGCGGCAAACCGUGAAGAAGAAGAUUACAUAUGGAUCUACUGAUCUCCUGAACCCGACAGCUUUCCUGCGGGAAUUAGCUAAACUUGGAUAG